UCCCGCAGGAGCCGCGCAGUGCCCGCAGCCCCGGGGCCACCGCGGCUCCGACCCCGCCAACCAGGCAAGAUGUGGCGGCGCUGGGAAGCGGGAUGGGACGAGAAGAGGGAGCUGCAGGAGCUCAACUCCCGGCUGCGGGUGUUCGUGACCCGCGUGCGGGAGCUGGAGGAGGAGAACCGCUUUCUGGCGCGGGAGCUGGCGGAGCUGCGGGAGCAGGAGCUGAUCGGGCUGCGGGUGCCCGAGCAGGAGCUCGCCUGGCUGCGGAUGCAGCUGGAGGAGCUGAGCCGGGCGAAGCUGGAGGCGGAGCUGGAGCGGGACGGGCUGCGGCGGGAGCUGGAGGAGCUGCGGGCGCUGGGCGCGGAGGUGCUGGGGAUGCGGCGGCGCCUGGAGCCCGAGCUGGCCGGGCAGCGGGCGCUGCUGGAGCGGCUGCGGGGCGAGUGCGUGGCCCUGGAGGAGCUGCUGCUGGAGCUGCAGGCCGAGCACGGGCACAUGGCGGAGCGGCAGCGGCGGGAGGCGGUGGAGAUACGGGAGCUGCGGCUGAACCUGGCGGCCCUGCCGCCGCCCUUGGCCGGGCUGAGCCUGGAGGAGCUGGAGGAGACCUACGAGAUGCUGCUCGGCCAGUGCUGCCAGGAGACCCUGCUGCGCUACCAGGAGCAGAUCCAGAUGCUGCAGGAGCAGGAGGCGCAGCGGAGCCGGGAGAACGUGGAGCUGCUGCGGGAGGAGAGCCGGCAGUGCCGGCAGCACCUGGAGGAUCUGCACCGCCAGGGCCAGGAGCUGUGCGCGCUCCGGGAGCGGCUGGAGCAGGAGAUGCUGGCCCUGCAGGACCGCCACGGCGCCGAGGUGGAGGAGUACCAGAGAAUAAUUGACGCCCUGGAAGAAGAAAAGCAGUUCCUGACCAUGUCAAUCACGGAUUACCUGAAGGACUACCAAGAACUACUGCAGGUGAAAGCAGGACUCAUCCUGGAAAUUGAAACCUACAGAGCUUUGUUAGAAGGGGAGAGCAACCAGUGGAUUAUUACAUGGAGAGAACAACUUGCAGGGAAAUUGCCUCAAGAUAUUAUAAACACUUCAUACAACUACACAGAUAUUUACUCUACGUAUCAAGAGAGAAAUAGAAAUAAAGCUUCACCAGCUCCCAGGAUCACUGACACGAGGCACAGAAUGGCAGUGACAGACACGAGCAGCUCUGCACGUUACUCCACCCGGGUCGGAUCACAGACAAGUACCAGUGGAAAAACUUUUGGAAGAGAUGUACUUGCUUCAACAUAUCGCCCUUCAACAACUGUUUCAAAGGAUGAAAGGAUUAUAACUGACCACAAAGAAUUAAGAACAUUUACUCCAUCCUACAGUAGCUGGAAAAAGACUGAAACGCAGCAAAAGACAAUUCCGGAGAGAAAGAAAACAGAGGUUACAACUUCUUCCACGGUGUCUUUUUCAAAAGAAUCAACACAUGCUGAAAGAUCAGACAAGGACCACAAGACUGAUGCUGAAAAUACAAGAACAAAACCAGGCUUCGCUAGAUUUCCAGCUUAUGAGCUGAUUACUGAUGCAAAACCAUCUAAAUAUGAAGAAACUAUAACUGAAACUCGGACCAUAUUCAGAGAUAAAAGAGGAGGCAGCAAACCGACUGAAGAGAAAGCAUCUCUGCUGAAAGAAAAAGAUAAGCUGGAGAAACAAACAAAGGAUGAGAAAAAGAAAACAGAUGAGAAAUCUUUUAUAGAAGAAAGUGCUGGUUUUGGAAGGAAGACUGAGCAGAAAACAUACAUCCGUGAGGAAGUUAGCCAGAAGGUAUCAGGGAGUGAUAUUUCUAAUGCAAGAAGUUUGAGAAGUGAAUCAACCAAAAAAGAUACAAGUGUGAGCUCAGAAUCAAGAAGCAACAACAUCAUUGAGAUACCAAUCACUCUUGAAAGGCCUGCUCCUGACAGAGGAUCUCAGAGACAUAAAGAUAUAAGGGUACAUGGUAUUAAAACUUUCACAGGAAGAGAAGCAGAUGACCAUGUAACUGAGUCAUCUGAAGCUCACCACGUGAGGAUUUCAGAGGCAGAGUCCAGUCUGGAAGGUGAAGAGCGAAUUAGUGAUGGAAGUCACAAAAUGGGAACUCUGCCAACUGAAAAUAUAGCAGAGAAUAUUGUUGCCGACAUCCUUAAAAGUUUCACGCACUCUUCUAGUUCACAGACGUCAACAGACACCAAAGUGACCUAUUUUAAUAAGGAAGAGCAACAAGAUGAUGGGAAAAUAAAGACCGAGAUCACAGUGCAAUCCCAAGUUCAGGAAGACAUAGAUAUUUCUGAUGAAGGUAACUUGGGACGUCUGUCAAACCAGGAUGUUAGAAAAGUGAUUCGAGAGGGUGUUGAGGGAACUCCUUCCAAAGAGGAGAUAGAGGACAUUGUACAUCACGGCCUGAAGGGAAGUGAGGGGGGAAAGAACGUGUCUGUUAACGUUGAGAUUGUAGAGGAGCCACUGGAUUAUGCCACUGAUGAAAGGAGUGAUUUUUCAACACCUUUUGAAGUAGAAGAAGUGGAGGAUUCAUUCCCUGAGCGAGAGAGGCGUUACGGUGAAGAGGAACAGAACAUCACGUUCACUUAUGAAGAUGUCAAAAAGAAGAAACCGCGCCAUGAGAGUUUCACUCAUGUGGAAGAAGUAACUGAGGAAGACGACUCGCCUAUUGAACAAAAAUAUUUUGUGUCUGUUCCUGAUGAUCAUCCUAUUAUUAGUGAAAAAGAUGAUGACUCAGUAUAUGGGCAAAUUCAUAUUGAAGAAGAAUCAACUAUUAAAUAUUCCUGGCAAGAUGAAUUUUUGCAAGGCACACAGAGUAAGAGAGAGGAAGGUGUGAGCUCUCCAGAGGAAACCUAUAAAGUGGUAGGGGAGGAAGCGAGUGCCCAUAUUUUAAAAGAGCAUCCUGAAGGUGAAACAUCCCAUGUUGAAUCUGUUGUUAUUGAAAAAGAAAUUAAAAUUCCCCCUGAAUUUCAGACUUCCAUAAAAGGGCUCUUAUCCAAGGAAACAAAGGACCCUAAACAUCAACUGAAGGAAGCUCUGGAGCAGUUGGAGGGCAGUCUCCCAGAGAGUGUGAAAGAGGAGCUGUUUGCACUAACAAAAGAGCACCGAGUUGAUGCUAGUAACUUAGAAUUUGAUAUCAAAAAAGUUGAUCAAAAGGAGGAGGGUGGCUCGGUGACAAUUGUUGCUGAAGUCAAUCUGUCCCAGACCCUCAGUACUGAUGAAUUUGAUGAAUCUCAGCUCGGUGAAGUAAUUAAAAGUGAGAAGGAGAAGGCAACAAUUCACUCCCUGAAAAGAGAGAACUCAGAGAGAGUUGUUGAUGGUAGAAGCAACAUAGAAGUAGAUGCUUCUUCUCCCACUGACAAAUACACUCCUUUGGCUGAUCAAGAAAUCUAUAACUUCUCCACGACGAGGCGCAGUGGUGGCACAGGGUAUCACACCACGGAAAGAGUGAUUUACGACGGUUCGGUUUUGGAAACAGCAGAUUAUGGAGAAGUCUCUCACUCACCACAAUCAACUGAUGAGACCACAUCCACCAGGCGUGUCAGGGUUGGCCCAGCAGAAGUUCAGAGGUUCGAGCAGGUCAUAUAUGAAGGGCCCGGUUCGGAAACGCUGGAGCUCAGCGCUGCAGAAGGUCUCGUUCAGACAGAGGGGUCGUCGGAAUUCAGCCAAUCUGUGAAACAUUUUAAACUGGGCCCUAAGGAAAUCCAAACCACAGAGCAAGUGGUUUAUUCAGGCCCUUUUACUACAACAACCAUAGAAGAGAUUGAUUCUGGAAAUCUUUCCCAGAACUUCUCAACGGACUUCAACAGGUCCACGAGACGUGUCACAGUAGGAUCAAGGCAAAUAACUGAAGAAGUCUCUUUUGAAGGGUCUCUUUCGGACUCUCUGGCACUCAAUAGCUCAGAGGAGCUUUCCCAGGCAGAAGGGUCUGGGGGUGUCAGCAGUACAAUAAGGCACUUCAGGUUAGGCCCAAGAGAGGUUCGUACUGAGCACGUGAUCUUUGAAGGGCCCAUCUCCGGUAAGGUGGAGGUCAGCGGCACCAGGGACUUCUCACAGACAGAAAGUUCAGUCAGACACGUUCAGUUGGGUCCCCAAGAGUUUAUGACAGCUGAGAAGAUCAUCUACCAUGGGCCUGGCUCUGAGCACACCGAAAUCAGUGAACUGGAAGACCACACCCUUUCAGGAGGCUCGAGAUCUUUCAGGCACGUUAAAAUAAGUCCUGUAGAAACUCACGCUGAGCAAAUAGUCUUUACAAGACCUGUUUCUGGAAUGCUGGAAGAUCUUUCACAAACAGAAGGGUCAUCUGAGAGCAACAAGUCUGUAAAGCAUAUUAAAGUAGGAUCCAAGGAAGCAUCUUACACUUUUCAAAUGGAUGUUUCCAGUAUGGGUGGAAUAUCUACAGUGAGAAGUGGAGAACAAGCAGUGCUGAUAUCCAACCAGCAAGACCCUGCUGUGAGUCAGUCACAGGUCAUAGUUCAAAGUGACCAGACUUCAGAAAAUGAAAACACAAGAAGUGGCUACGUUCUGUCCAGUUAUUCCCAAGAUCAUGGUGAAAAGGUGGUGGAACAGUCAUUUUUUGAUAAAACUGUGCAGUUGCAAAGAACGGUCGACCAAAGGUCGGAUAUUUCUGAAGAAAAGAAAGUCGCUUAUCUGUAUCUGGACCAUGAAGAGGAGGAAGAUGAUGAUAAUGAUGGACAGUGGUUCUGAAAGGACUCUUUAAUGAAGCCUACUUAGCAAUUUGUUUAUAUAUAUUUUUUAUUAUCCUUUUUUUUUUUAAGAGAAAAAAAGGGAUGGGGAAACAGUCGAGCUAUUAGAUUAUUAAUAGUGGACUGAGAAGUAUUGAAUCUAAGCCUCUAUUCAGCACACUAUUUUAUUGGAAAUUUUAUUUUUGGGAGAGAUCAUGCUAUUAAUAUUUUUUUCCUCAGAGAUCUGUGUCUAAUAUUUUCAGAUUUUUCCACCCGUAGAAAGAGGAAUUUGCUACUGGGGAAUUGAAAGGAUUCUAUUUUUUCUGUUUGUUUUAUAGCACAUCAGUUUUAUUAAGUGUGUGCUCGAACAGGACUUUUCAAAUUAUUUUUUUCUUAAUACUGUAUUGUACUUGGUUACUAAAAUAUUACUAUGCAAUUCUAUUUAAAACUCGAGCUACUAACCACAAAUUUAACAGAAUGUGAGACUAAUAAGAGUGGUAGUAGCUGAUUUUUUCAGUUCCAUUUCUGUGUACUUAUAUGCAAUACCUAAUGAAUACAUUUAAGGAGACAGUUAUUACAGCUAUAAAAUUAAAUCAUGUCCUGUAGGAUCAAACUAAGAAUAGCAAGAAUUGACAGAAGUGAUAUUAUUUGUAUAGCUGGAAUGCAGUGCAGAAAAGAAAGAGGGAACGCUGAAGCAAGAGUUUCUCACAGUAUUUCCUCAUGAGAAAUAGUGAAUUUGAUGGUUAGACAGUAGUACAUUUAAUAUCUCUAAAAAGAAAACAACUUUAAAAAAUAGACUGGAUAGAAUUCCCACUGAGGUAAGGAGAACUCCUUACAGACUCAGUGGCUGUGUACAUUAGUAACCUCAACCUAUUUUGCAGUAUAUGGGGUACCUUGAUCCAAGGUAUUGCUAAAGGUAAGUGUGAAGUGUCAAAUGUGAUGACACAGUGCCUAAUUCCUUAACACAGUGAAAUGAGCUGAUGUGUGUCCUGUUAGAAGGAAACUUGUACAAAAGGCAUUGAUGACACUUAUGAUCAUUGUGUGUCAGCCCAUUCCCAGAUGAUCCUUUCUUUGUUUACAAACGAGAUGCCCUUUUCAACCCCUUGUCCUGCAAACCCAACUUGAGAUUUGAGUUUAUUUUUUUUCUUCUCUAUUCUGAAUGUAACGUGUGCCUCAGGCCACAGUUGCCUUCUACUUAAAUCAUUUGAAAAUAAGCUAAUUUCACUUGGAUUGCACAUUGGUUGAAUGAAGGACAUAAUUUAACUCUGUAAUUCAGUGACUUCAGAGUUCAGCUCAGAAUCCAGCAGAGGCCCUGACCUGGGCAGUGCUGGCAGGAGCAAAAAUAGCAGCCGAAAUAUUUUUGUCACUGGGGUAAGAAAUGCCAUACUGGACACAUGUGAGAAGUGACAUGCACAAAUGAGAAGCUGCUAUUUCUGCACACACACACACACACACACACACACACACACAAACACACAUUUCACUCCCUGUCCCCCACCUUCCCUGCAGAGCAGACACACACCUGGAUCUGGGUGGCUUUGCUGUGCCAGCCCGUUGGGUGCUCACUCCGAGAUUUUUUUUUUUUUUCCCCUGUGGUUAUGUAAACCUAGUUUUGUGUGUGCUGAUCCAUAUUAGAAUCCAGUUAAACUAUCUUAGUCUGGCAUGACUAGUCACUUUUCAGAUGCCUUACUAUUAACAGAGCUACAUUUUCCCAACCUGACUGCUGCUUUCUAUCUGAAUGUAAAUGCCAAGCUGAGGAGCAGCUCUGUGCUGACUGACGGAUCCUGCUGUUCCAGAGAUGGGACAGCUCCAUCCCUGUGUGCCUUAGUAACUAAGUUUGAAACUGUACAAAUGUAUUCAUGUUCCAAAGAUUAACUCCUGAGGUUUGUCUGCGCUGCAAAACCUUCUGAAUGUUUUCCUCAGCUUGGAUGGAAUCAUUUGUUGAAAUUGGAAGUGCCACCAACGGCUGGAAAAUGAAUGGGAAACUGAAUUGUGUAGAAGCACUAAAGUCAUGUAUCUCAGCUUAUUUAUACUGUUCACUGUGUAAUAGGUAAUAUUUUUUUCAAAAUUAUUCAUGUGUGCUCAAAAAAGAUCUUGUGCUUCCAUUUAUAAAUAGGGUGUUACUGAUUGUAAUACUUCUAGUCUCAUCCUAUACUUCUGUUUCCUUAGUUGACCAUAUGAUUUUAAAGAUGGCAACAUCUCUGUGUUUAAUAAUCAUGUCUAAGCCAGAAUUUUCCAGCUACAUGCCUAACUGCAAGCAAGCAGGUUCUGUACUUCAAGUAUUAAAUAACUACAUAAAGGAAGAAGUCAGGUCUAUAGUAAGCAACAGAGGUAAAAAUAAUCAGUGUUAGUUUUCUUGGAAUUUUAUUCUUGGCUGAAAUGGUAAAUUCUCCACAGAGAAUUUACCAUUCUCUGUAAAACAGAUAUAAAAAUAUCUGCAGAAAAUAUAUUUAGCAACCAAGAAAAAACUACUUAUGCCAAAACCAUUUAUUGGUAAGUUAUGGAAUAUUUGACAGACAUGGCCCUUAGGAACAAUAAUACCAAAACUGUGUUCUGUUUAUCUUCACCUGCUCAGAGGACUGUAAUGUCACAAAUAAACCACUGAGGAGCAAGUGAAUCAUAAAAUGUAGGUGACCUUAGCAUUGAGGGAUAAAAAAAAUUAAUUUAAAAAUCAGUAUUGUUUCCACCGAGGCAACAACAGCUCUAGAAAUUCCUUUGCACAUCACUGUCAGAUGCAGUAGGUUAUACCAAGAUAUAUUUCUACUUUGAUUGUCUGGAGGGAAAAAUUUGUUCAGUGUACUUUAGUUCUAUUUCAGAUCAGCAUUUUAAUUAAUUGUUGGAAAGCUGGUUUAUUGUAGAGAACUGGAAAUGUGCAUUAGCGUGACAUUAAACAGAUAUGCACAGUUCCUUUGCGUGGACGCUUUCCAGCUGUGAGAACAAAGUUGUCUCACUUAAAAAAGGGCUUAAGUUCUAAAAAUGUUUUACAAUAAGCAGCCCAUUUUCCACUUAGCUCUCAUUAACCUGAGACAUUCUGGCAUGAUAACUUUUGGAUAAUUCUCCCUUCAGGCAACAAAAGGUAUUUAAGUGAUGAACAGUCACAUCCUGCAGGCCCAGUGGUUGCAUGUGCAGGGCAGGGGCUGUAGGUACACAGGUUACUACUGAGAGCAAAUAUAACCUGCUGUCUGGAGUACUAACUCACCCCACAUGGUCACUUUUGCCAAGGAAUUCUAUCCUGUGGCUGAAGGGAUGGGUGAUACACCCUUAGUCAGCAUGCACUUCUGAAGCUCACUCCUCUCAGUUAUGCUUUUCAUUAAACACAAAUAAGAACUUUGCUGCUUUUGGAUUAAACAAAAUGCUUUUAAAACAUAAUUAGUACUUCAGGGGGGGUGGUGGUAUAAAAACUGUAUGCUGGUAUAGAUCAGAGGUGGAGCACUGUCUUCCAUAGUGUGUAAACCACUGGUCUAGAAAGCAAAUAGAGCACAAAGAAGGAUGUGUGAGGUACCAAGAGCUCUGUGCUGGCUGAUGUUUGUGAACAGCAGGUGUUUCAGAAGACGGUCAGAAUGUUGAACCUGGGUUUGUUGUUGUCAGCUGUGUGAAACUUUGCAGGCAGCUUGUGUUUUGGUCAUUUUGCAAUGAAACUGCGUUUUUUUUUGUGUGGUGGUACAAAGCUUUGUGAUUUUACACUUUUUCACUCUUGAGUAUUAAACAAUCAAAAUCAACGCA